CGCGGUCAGAGCCUUCAGCCUCCCCGCGCAGCCUCGCCCUCGUGUUUGACUGCUUGCUGUUUCCCAGCCGGCCACGGUCAUCCAGGAGACCGGCCAAAUUGUACAUCGACCUAAAGGUGGUUUCAUGGCAGCCGCGAAGAAAGCAGUUUUGGGGCCGUUGGUGGGGGCAGUGGACCAGGGUACCAGCUCGACACGUUUUUUGGUUUUCAAUUCAAAAACAGCUGAACUUCUUAGUCAUCAUCAAGUGGAAAUAAAACAGGAAUUCCCAAGAGAAGGAUGGGUAGAACAAGACCCAAAGGAAAUUCUUCAGUCUGUCUAUGAGUGUAUAGAGAAAACAUGCGAGAAACUUGGACAGCUCAAUAUCGAUAUUUCCAACAUAAAAGCUAUUGGUGUUAGCAACCAGAGGGAAACCACCGUAGUCUGGGACAAAUUAACUGGAGAACCUCUCUACAAUGCUGUGGUGUGGCUUGAUCUAAGAACCCAGUCUACUGUUGAGAAUCUUAGUAAAAGAAUUCCAGGAAAUAAUAACUUUGUCAAGUCCAAGACAGGACUUCCACUUAGCACUUACUUCAGUGCAGUGAAACUUCGUUGGCUCCUUGACAAUGUGAAAAAAGUACAAAAGGCUGUGGAAGAAAAUAGAGCUCUUUUUGGAACCAUUGAUUCAUGGCUUAUUUGGAGUCUGACAGGAGGAGUCAAUGGCGGUGUCCACUGUACUGAUGUAACGAAUGCAAGUAGGACAAUGCUUUUCAACAUUCAUUCUUUAGAAUGGGAUAAAGAGCUCUGCGAAUUUUUUGGAAUUCCAAUGGAAAUUCUUCCAAAUGUCCGGAGUUCUUCUGAGAUCUAUGGCUUAAUGAAAGCCGGGGCUUUGGAAGGUGUGCCAAUAUCUGGGUGUUUGGGAGACCAAUCUGCUGCUUUAGUAGGACAAAUGUGUUUCCAGGAUGGACAAGCUAAAAACACGUAUGGAACAGGAUGUUUCUUGUUAUGUAACACAGGCCAUAAGUGUGUAUUUUCUGAGCACGGCCUUCUGACCACUGUGGCUUACAAACUUGGCAGGGACAAACCAGUUUAUUAUGCAUUGGAAGGUUCUGUAGCUAUCGCUGGUGCCGUUAUUCGCUGGCUAAGAGACAAUCUUGGAAUCAUUAAGAGCUCAGAGGAAAUUGAAAAACUUGCUAAAGAAGUUGGCACUUCUUAUGGCUGCUACUUUGUUCCAGCAUUUUCAGGAUUAUAUGCACCUUACUGGGAACCCAGUGCAAGAGGGAUAAUCUGUGGACUCACCCAGUUCACCAAUAAAUGUCACAUUGCUUUUGCUGCCUUGGAAGCUGUUUGUUUCCAAACCCGAGAGAUUUUGGAUGCCAUGAAUCGUGACUGUGGAAUUCCAUUGAGCCAUCUGCAGGUAGACGGAGGCAUGACCAGCAACAAAAUUCUUAUGCAGCUUCAGGCAGAUAUUCUGUAUAUUCCAGUAGUGAAACCCUCUAUGCCUGAAACAACUGCCCUGGGAGCUGCUAUGGCAGCAGGCGCUGCAGAAGGAGUUGGUGUUUGGAGUCUCGAACCUGAGGAUUUGUCAGCCGUCACAAUGGAGCGGUUUGAACCACAGAUCAAUGAAGAGGAAAGUGAAAUUCGUUACUCUACAUGGAAGAAAGCUGUGAUGAAGUCAAUCGGUUGGGUUACAACUCAAUCUCCAGAAAGUGGUGACCCUAGUAUCUUCUGUAGUCUACCCUUGGGCUUUUUUAUAGUGAGUAGCAUGGUAAUGUUAAUCGGAGCAAGGUACAUCUCAGGUUAGUUACUCUUUAAAUUAGACCAUUUUUACUAGUUAGCUUUUAAUGUAUUGUUGUAACCCAAGAAAGUUUUCAGUGUUUUUCAUUCUUCCUGUUUAGGAACCUGGAAAAUCAGUUAAAGCUGUAAUUCUAUGAGUUAUCCAUUUAUCUUUUGGGACAGAUUGAAAGAAGCAUUGUGACUUGGCUUAAACUUUUCUUAUAUUUAGUAGAUGAUCUUUUGGAGUUAUAUUCUGUCAGCUGCAGUAAUAUGCAAAAAAACAGAAAAGACAAAUGUUAAUGCUUAAAUGAAAGGACUUUCCUAGUGAGCGAUAAAAGUGAAAGUGUAAUUUUAACAUCAAUUAUGGUGUUCAAAUAUAUGUAAAUUGCUGUAUUUUUUGAAAUUUUUGUAAUCUAGUUGAAAUAGUUUUAUUCUGGAAAAUGUUUCAGCCUGUAACACUGUAAAACUUGAGAUGAUUUAGUUAUUUAAGUGAGAUGAAAUCUUUAAGUUAUUGCUUAAAUAAAUUGCAAUAAAAACAGAAUUGUUAUAUUUGCAUAUUAGCCUCUAUUGAAAAUGGCUCUUCGAAUCAUGAAAUAUAUGACAUAAUCUGUUAUAAAUAUAGUAGCCAUUGAUGAUAGGUUAACUUCUCUUCAUAUUACUAGCUUAAAUUGAAAUGAUUUAUGUCUUAUUCCAUUUGUUUCCAUGAAAGUGAAACUUGUUUUUUAGGUAUUCAUGAUUUACAGAAAGAGUUAACUAAUAUGACUUAUUUAAUAAGAUAACUGACUUGGAUUUAAAAUGUAAUAUUUAAACUUCAUUGAAAUGAGAGGGAACAUCUGUUUGUAGAAUUCUAACAAGCAUUUAUUUAACUUGGUUUAUCAGUUCAGUGCUAUAUAUAAAUAUGAAAUGAAAAUUAUGUCAGCAGAACAUUAAAUUAUCUUAAGUAAAGAAUAAUUGUGAGUUACUUGCAUGAGGAUUGAAAACUAGAUUAUAUUAACUUUGUCU